GGAUGACACAACACAGUCGCAUCAUUUGACGCCAAAAUGACUCAGAGAGUUAUCUUAGUGCUGAUUCUGAGCUUGGUAGCUGCAUCUCCGAGUGCGGCACAAUGGAGUCAAAUUUCUGGUAAACUUAUACACAUCUCAGCCUCACCCAGGUUUAUGUGGGGAGUCAACCGUAACCAUCAAAUCUACUUCUGUGAACAACCUUGCUCCCACAGCAAGUGGACUCUGGUACCCGGAUCGUUGAAGCAGGUCGACGCUGAUGACCAUGAGGUUUGGGGAGUGAAUCGAAACGAUGAUAUCUACAAGCGACCGGUAGAUGGGAGCGGAACUUGGGUUCGUGUCAGAGGUAAGCUGAAACAUGUCAGCGCUUCAGGUUACGGCUACAUCUGGGGUGUUAACUCGAAUGACUUAAUUUACAAAUGUCCUAAGCCUUGUAAUGGAGAGUGGAGCCAAGUGAGUGGACGUUUGAAACAGGUAGAUGGUGGUCUUGAUCUGGUCUAUGGGGUCAACAGCGCCAACGCAAUCUUUCGUCGCCCAGUAGACGGAAGCGGUACCUGGGAAAGGAUUCCGGGAAGCCUAAAGCACGUCACCGGGUCCGGCAGUUGGGAAGUUUUCGGGGUAAAUAGUAAUGACGAGAUUUACCGUUGCCCUAAGCCUUGCUAUGGUCAAUGGUUGAAGAUAAACGGAAGACUGAAGCAAUGUGAUGCUAGUGGAGACACCAUUCUGGGGGUCAAUUCUGCAGACAACAUCUAUCGUUCAAAUUAAGAUGUCUUUGGAGAGUUUGCAGUAUGGUCAUCUCGUUGACCUACCAAGCUAUAAAUGCUUCAUCACCAUAUGAAUAUUUUCUAUUGCUUCAUUUUGUUUUUGUCUUUUUUUUUUGUGUGGAAAAAUGGUUUUAUUUCAUCAUUUUAAUUGGUCUUUUUAUUCAAUGAUAGUAUACAGAUUUGCAUUACUUAACUAACCAGCAUUAUAAAAAUAACUCAGUUUGAAGUUUUUCAUUAUUAACUAAUUAGUUAUAAUUAUAAUUCAGUGUUUGAGAACAGGAGUUUGUGUUAAAAGUCUGUAGAAUGCUUUAGUUACUAUUUCUUAGUAUUUUAUCUACGUCUGUAUAAUUAAUUAAGAUUAUUUUCAGAUAAUCUGUGGUUAAUAAACUGGUUUUUGUUAACACCAAUAAAAUGUGUUUGAUUGA